AUGAGCAACAACAGCCAACGCAGACGACCACGACAGGUGGCUGCAACAGCAACCCAUGAAAACGAUCCCGUUUGGCUUUGGGACCAAACGCCACCACUGUCACCGGAGCGUCCUCAAAGGCCUACACAGACCGAUAACCCUUACGAAACCCUGCCGGUUACAGACCAAUUUUAUACCAAUGUUAAGAUUCAUCCUCACUAUGACAACUUUCAGCAUCGAAUCCAAACACAUACGAUGACUUCAGAAGCUCCCUUGAUGCUCUUCAUUGGAAGAUUGAUAAGAUGCGACACGGCCGCAUACCUCCGGUGUCUCGGCGGCCGCGACACUGAGGAUUUCGUUGGUCGAAUUUACUCAAUUGUCUUCAAAAAUGGUAUAGCCGCCGUCGUUAACUUCACCGGCCGUAAGAACAAGGCUGCAGUCAAGUCGUCUCCAGUGUACGACUUAAUAAAAACUAGAGUGAUCGUUUUCUGA